CAGCUUUCUGCAAAAUUACAUCCAAUUAAUAUUUUGUGUAUGCCUUUGAUGAUAUUGUUACUUGCUGCCGGCUGCAGGGUCAGAUUGUCCACCUGUGCUGUGUGCCAACACCUAAAUGCUGGAGCCCCAUGCAGGGGCGGACUGACCAUUUGGAAACUCCGGCACUGCCCAAGAGCCCGGGAUCAGUAGGGGGCCCCAUGAGAUGCCCCUGGUACCUUUUUCAUAGGCUUUUUUGAGUUUGGGCAAGGACACAGAGGCCCCAUGAUCCCCUAUUGCUCGGGGGCCCUAUGAGUUGUUAGUCCGCCCCUGGC